GUGAUAGGAGAGGAGCCCAGGACGACCACUGAGACCUUGAGACUCAGACACCAAGAGAGAUGUUUCUAGUUGGGAGCCUCGUUGUCCUCUGUGGGCUGCUGGCCCACAGCACAGCACAGCUGGCAGGCUUGCCAUUGCCCCUGGGCCAGGGUCCACCCUUGCCACUGAACCAGGGCCCACCGUUGCCACUGAACCAGGGCCAGCUGUUGCCCCUGGCUCAGGGUCUGCCUUUGGCUGUAAGCCCAGCACUGCCUUCAAAUCCCACAGAUCUUCUUGCUGGAAAAUUCACAGAUGCUCUCAGCGGUGGCCUGCUGUCUGGGGGGCUGCUGGGCAUUUUGGAAAAUAUUCCACUCCUGGAUGUUAUAAAGUCUGGAGGAGGCAAUUCUAAUGGCCUUGUUGGGGGCCUGCUGGGAAAACUGACGUCAUCAGUUCCUCUCCUGAACAACAUCCUCGACAUAAAAAUCACUGAUCCGCAGCUGCUAGAACUUGGUCUUGUGCAGAGUCCUGAUGGCCAUCGUCUCUAUGUCACCAUCCCUCUGGGCUUGACACUCAACGUAAAUAUGCCCGUAGUUGGAAGUCUUUUGCAAUUGGCUGUGAAGCUGAACAUUACUGCAGAAGUCUUAGCCGUGAAAGACAAUCAGGGGAGGAUUCAUCUGGUUCUUGGUGACUGCACCCACUCCCCUGGCAGCCUGAAAAUCAGCUUGCUCAAUGGAGUCACUCCUGUUCAAAGCUUUUUAGACAACCUCACAGGGAUAUUGACUAAAGUCCUUCCUGAGCUGAUCCAGGGCAAGGUAUGUCCUCUGGUCAAUGGGAUUCUCAGCGGUUUGGAUGUCACCCUGGUGCACAACAUUGCUGAAUUACUGAUCCAUGGACUACAGUUUGUCAUCAAAGUUUAGGCAUCCCAGGAAGGAAGGCUAUCUUGGCUGAGCUGAAUCAUUUCUUGCUGCUCAGUCUCCUGCCUCUUGCCCAGUCUCCCAUGGCUCACAGAAAGGGGCCCACAUCCUGGAAAAUUAUGUCUUCCUUCUCCUCACGGAGCCUGAUCUCUUCCCAUCAGGCACGAUUAAUCCUGUGAUCCUCACUAAAUAAAAUAGCUCUUCAUCUGCA